AUGGCAACAAAAAAUCUACCUAAUGAAGUCGUCUUACAUAUUCUUCGUAACGUGUUAAAGGUUUCUGGGUUCAAAGGACUUUUCAAUGUUCGUCGUCUAUGUAAACAAUGGAACUCGUUGGUACCAGUUGUUGUGCAAGAAGAGCUUUCAAAAUUGGACGGAAAAGGAUGGAACCUACUUGCCGCAUAUUUAGAUCACAAACUAAAGUGGGUAUACCUAGAUCCAUUUCAAUUGACAUAUAAUGAUGAGUCAAAAAGUAUAUAUGGAGAAUUUCAAGAAUUCCCGUUAAUCCCUGUUAAGCCUUAUAUUUGUUUUGCACUGGUGUUUGAACAUAAGAGAAGCGGAAGGAAACACAAAUAUAAAGAUUUUUGGGGAUUACCUUGGCCGCAAACAAAAAAUCCAACUGAAAUUUGGUAUAAUAAGGAGGGAAACGGCGUGUGUUUUCGGCGAGAGCUUGGCGGUGCACAUGUUCAAGUGAUUGGUUUGAAAGUUGGAGCCAUAAAAUUUCUAGACUAUUUGGAUCAGUAUGCUUGA